AUAUUUAAGAUUAAUUGGUGAGACGAUCAACACUUCACCCGAAAAUGUACUCGCGAGUGGCUGUGCAACUUCCCCUAUUUUUCGCCCUCAAAAUUUUGGUUUUCGGUUCAAUCGCGGGACAAGUGCGGCCCAGUAAUGGCAGUGACAAUGUCACUUCUGUAAUAAAUAAUAUAAUAAACUGGAAUAGUGUGAUAAAUAAUUCCCCCUCGGCAGUGAUUGACCUAAUUCGGGAAUUUCAACCGGAUCGCGUCAUUCAAAAAUACGUGCAAACGAGUUUGGGUCAAGAUAUUCCACGUGAUGUGGAGAAUUCGACAUGUGAUGCGCAAUUACAGAUAUUCGUCUCGGGAUUAUUAAAUUUCGAGACGUGGGCGUUGAAAAUGUUCGAUUCCUCGUCGAAAAUUCCUUCAGGAAUUUUGUUCGGUAACAAUCAGGACCUGGGUGUCUACGACGAGUGUCUGUCCAUCGAAAUUGCAAAGGAAACGGAACUGAUUCGCGGACGUCACUGCAUGUACUUAUUAUCAGUGACUUCACCGAGCUGGCCGAUGCCAGUCUUCACGACAUUAUCAAUUUGCGUGCCCUCAGCAUGUGAUGCCCAGCACCUGAUGACGAUAUUACAGAACGCAAGUGAUGCGGCAUCAGAUCAGCUUCCAUUCGCCAUUACGACGGGGAGGGUGACGUGUUCGGCCGUCGAUCCGCCGCCGUUCGAAGUCGGCGAGAUUCUCACGAUAACUUUUUUCGCAAUCUUCAUCUGCUUCCUCAUUGGCUGCACCUUUUGCGAUUUUUUGGUGAGGACCACCCUAUCCGUAGACCGUGAUAAUAUCAUCAAUGAGUUCUGCAGGUUCUCAUUGUACACGAAUUUAAAGCGAAUAUUGAGCACCAAAAAAACAGAUGGAAAUAUAGCAGUGAUCCCCGGAUUGAGAUUCUUCAGCAUGUGUUGGGUGAUUCUGGGUCAUGAAUAUGCCCUGAAGAUGCUGUCACCCACCAUUAACAUGGGAGACAUCCCUAGUUGGUUGCAGUCAUGGGGGUCGAUUUACAUUGCCAUAGCACCCUUCGCAGUGGACACAUUUUUCACCCUCAGCGGCUUCCUCACAUCCUAUCUUUUCCUGAAGGAACUUGCAAAAGGUCGCAAGUUCAAUCCCGUCAUGUACUAUCUCCACAGAUACAUUAGAUUAACACCCGCCUUCUUAGCCCUCAUUCUGCUCACCAUCUACAUAUUCCCGAGAUGGGGGUCCGGUGCGUUGUGGGAAACCCUGAUUGAUGGACAGCAAAAAACCUGCAAAGAAAAUUGGUGGCCCAUGUUACUGUACGUCCACAACUACGUGAGCACUGGAAUCCUGGGCUGCCUGACCCACACAUGGUACCUCGCAGUGGACAUGCAAUAUUUCUGGAUAUCUCCACUGAUCCUCUAUCCCCUGGGGAAGAAACCAAAGAUAGGACUGGCCAUUCUGGUGGCGUUAAUCGUAGCAUCAAUAAUCUGUCCCGCAGUCAUCGCAGCAGAGGACAAAUACUCCGGAGCCCUGGCGCCAUCAUUCGUAGAUGUGGAGCACAUCGAGAGCAUGAUGAAGGAGUUCUACAUUGUCAGCCACACCAGAGCAGGUCCUUGGCUGCUGGGUGUCCUAUUGGGCUUCAUUCUCUCCAAACACAGACACUUUCGAUUUUCCCUGAUGAGAGUUGGCUGGAUAUCGGCCGUUCUGGCAUUUGCGUUCAUAUUUUUCACGUACAGAAUUUUUCAACAAGACGGGUACAAGUGGAAGGCCCCGUGGGAAAUAUUUUAUACUGCGGUAGCACGACACAUCUGGGCCUUUGGGGUUUGCUGGAUCGUCUAUGCUUCUGUACUAGGAUACGCUGGAAUUGUUGGAAAAAUUUUAUCUCUCCCGAUUUUCAUGCCCUUCGGCAGAAUAUCGUACUCCGUAUAUCUGAUACAUUUUAUGAUUCAAAUGAUGAGGGUUGGAGCUACCAGGACACCCCUGUACUUCACAGACGGUGGAAUUAUUUAUUCUUUUUUGGGUCAAUACAUUGUCUGUACUCUCGGUGGACUUCUUCUUAGUCUCAUCUUUGAGUCGCCGUUCGUGGCUCUCGAGAAGAUCAUCUUCGGGGGGAAACGCAGGCCUAAACAACAGGAAUCAUCGAAGGGGAUUCAUAAUGGGGGAUACAAAGGGGAUAAUAGCUAGUCAGGAGAUCAGGACGACGAUUUUUAGAUCGAGGGAUGUGAAAAAUAAUAAGUGGAAUAGAAAAUAAAAUUUUUAUUCGGGCGGGAGAUGAUUUAAUUAUUCUCGAUUAAUUACGAAGAUUGAUCAAAUGAGGUGGAAACUUGGAAAUAAGUCAAUCUCUGAUUGUUUUUUAAAUUGAAUUUAUUGAUUAUUGUACUUCAACAAUUAUGUCUCCCUCGCGGUAUUUUUAAUGUUUUUUAUUAAUAAAUAUUUUUAUA